CGGGGAGGGAGGCACCAGCCGCGGGGCGGGAAGUCGCUACCCGGGCGGAGGAAGCGGCCGGGGCCGGAGCCGAGCGCGGCGAUGGCUGCAGCGGGGCCGGCGCAGCUCCAGGUGGCGUUUGAGGAUGUCACUCUGUAUUUCACCCGGAGGGAGUGGGAGCUCUUAUCCCAGCCCCCAGAGAAGCAGCUGUACCGGGCUCAGAUGCUGAGGAAUUACCAGGCCCUUGUUUUCCUGGGCUCUUCAGGUUCCACACCAGACUUAAUCCACUGGUUCGAGGUAAGGGAGGCAGAGCUCUGGAUCCGGGAUGCCGAGGGCUCCAGGGAAAGCUCCGGGCCUGAGAGCCCCUCCUCAGGUUCUUUUGAAUUGUAAUCCUGUCCUCUAAAGUGCUUGCCACCCCUCCCAGCUUGGAAUCAUCUGUAAACUUCAUGAGUGAAUGCUCC